CAUGGAGAUGUGUGUGCGCGCAUACCUGGCCGUCAGGCCGUAUAUGGAUGCUGUGGUUGCCUUGGUAACGCUGAUGCUGGAUACAGGAUUGCCCUGCUUCCGCGGUCAGACCAUCAAACUGCUCAAGCAGCGUUUUAACCCUGGAGUGAGUGAGAAGGAAGCAGCAGCUUUUAUCAUCAAAGUCAUUCAGAACUGCUUCCUGAGCAGCAGGAGCAAAACAUAUGACAUGAUCCAGUACUAUCAGAACCAGAUCCCCUACUGAAGGCCAGAGAAACGUGAGUGUGUGUGUUUCUCUUACUGUCUCUUAAUGCUAAAUUGCACUGCUGUCUCUGUCUGGUGUGUUUGUGCACUUUAUACACCUGAAAUGUGUUUGCAUGGAUUUAUUCGCACCGAUAUCAG